UCUCGCCGCUCUCUUAACAGCGAAGCAAGAAGAAGCCGUCGUCUCCAGUCUCCACGCGCUUCCUCCGCCUUAUUUUAGGUUCCUCUCCGCCCCCGCAUCCUUCCUCCUCGCCAAGAGCCCAAGACCCCUUUCCCCCUCCUCGCCUCACCUCGCGUUAGGUAGCUUGCUUCCGAUCCCCCUCCGCAAACGCCAUGGGCGCCGCCGCCACCAACCACGAGGAGGAGUCGAGCCCCCUCCUCCCAGCCGCGGUCGGCGCCGCCGUCCCCGCGGACGAGAAGCCCCCGCGGGCUCCGGCUCCGGAGGCCACCAAGCUCUACGCCGAUGGGGUCCCCGUCGUGAUGGGCGAGCCGGUCGCGGCCCACGCCAUCCCGCGGGAGAGCUGGAACUCCGGGAUCCUCUCCUGCCUCGGCCGCAACGACGAGUUCUGCAGCAGCGACCUCGAAGUGUGUCUUCUUGGAAGCGUAGCACCGUGUGUUCUGUAUGGUAGUAAUGUUGAGAGGCUUGCGGCUGGACAAAGCACUUUUGCAAACAGCUGCUUGCCUUACACUGGUCUCUUUAUGCUUGGGAACUCCCUCUUUGGGUGGAACUGCCUAGCCCCAUGGUUCUCUCAUCCCACUCGUACAGCUAUUCGCCGACGCUACAAUCUUGAGGGUAGCUUUGAGGCUUUCACCAGGCAAUGUGGGUGCUGCAGCGGUCUGGUCGAGGACGAGGAGAGGCGCGAACACCUAGAGGUUGCCUGCGACCUUGCAACCCACUACCUCUGCCACCCUUGUGCCCUCUGCCAGGAGGGCCGCGAGCUGCGCCGCAGGGCCCCCCAUCCUGGCUUCAACAACGGGCGCUCCGUCUUCGUCAUGAUGCCACCCAUGGAGCAGACCAUGGGGCGUGGCAUGUGAGCUACUCGCCUAUUCCAGCUCCUGCUCUUGCCCGCUCUUGCUGGGUCUGUGCUACCUGUUAUGGUCCAUCUGCUGGUGCUGUGCCUUUGCCGUCUAGUCUGUAUUCGUCCGUAAAUAUGAGUUCGUGAUAUAUCAUAUAUGAUCAUGCUGUGCUCCGUAUCGACUGCUGUAUGGAUUUUGAAUUGCAAAUUGUAUCACCUGUGUGUUUGUGGUUCGCGGUCCUCCAUCGACUUGUUAUGUUCAAAAUAUCAGACUUUCAGUAAUUCAGUUUAUCAUUACUAUGUUGGUUUUAUA